AUGGUUUCGACUACUGUUGCCAGUGCCGUCAACGUGCAGGUGCCCGAGACGCUUCUCAAGAAGCGUCGCUCGACUGAGGCCACUCGCGAGGCCAAGCUCGUCGCCGCCACCGAGGCCCGCAAGGUGAGCAGCGUCCUCCGACUUUCCGCAUCGUUGGGCAACGAUUUCUGCAUGAGGAGUGAAGGGGGACGGGCAGCGAGCUCUCCCCCUUCAAUGAUGCAAAGGGCGACUCUGUCGCAUCACACGGCUAGCUCGCAAGGCAAUGCUGUCGCCCGCCAGGCCAAGCGCAAGGUCAUCUUCAAGCGUGCCGACGAGUACGUCAAGGAGUACCUCGCCAAGGAGAAGGAGGAGAUCCGCCUCAAGCGCGAGGCCCGCAAGACCGGCGACUACUACGUCGCUGCCCAGCCCAAGGUCUACUUCGUUGUUCGUCUUAAGGGUAUCUCCAAGCUUGCCCCCAAGCCCAAGAAGAUCCUCCAGCUCCUCCGCCUCCUCCAGAUCAACAACGGUGUCUUCGUUCGCGUGACCAAGGCCACCGAGCAGAUGCUCCGCCUCGUUGAGCCCUACAUCGCCUACGGUGAGCCCAACCUCAAGGCCAUCCGCGAGCUUGUCUACAAGCGCGGAUACGCCAAGGUCAGCGGCCAGCGCAUCCCCAUCACCGACAACUCGAUCAUCGAGCAGCAGCUCGGCAAGUUCGGCAUUGUCUGCAUUGAGGACCUCGUUCACGAGAUCGCCACCUGCGGCCCCAACUUCAAGCAGGUCACCUCCGGCCUCUGGCCCUUCAAGCUGUCGAACCCCACCGGCGGCUGGCGCCCCAGGAAGUUCACCGGCUACAUCGAGGGCGGUGACACCGGCAACCGCGAGCAGCACAUCUCCAAGCUCAUCCACCAGAUGGUUUAA